AUGGCCACCUCGCGCUCAGAGCAAUCUCUGCUGCUUGCGUCGCUCGUCUCAUCUGCGCAAUCCGGCCCUUCCUCUUCCAGACCCAAUGCUCGACCUCUGGACUCGGCACGACCUCUAGAAAUCAGCUGUGGUCUCAAUCCCAACGCUGCUGGUAGUGCAGAAGUGGCAAGAGAUGGCACAAGAGCUUCUGUGGUCAUCGGAGCAGAGGUCAGGGAAGAGGGCGAAGGUGGAUGGGAGGUCGCCUGCGAUAUGUGAGUCGUCACUGUAGCGAGACAGUGACUAAAAGGAAGAACGCGGAGCCUGAUAUCGCUGAGAUUGCUCGCAGAUCUUCCAGCGUUGCAAAUAUCUACCCGCAGUUGGCGUCUACCUUUGAGACGCUUCUAGCCUCCGCACUGCCGGCUGCGCCGUAUCUCACCUCACCCGGCCUAGGGCCUCAGUGGUACCUCACCCUGGAUGCGCGGUUGCUAUCCGCGGAUGGCGGGAACGCGUUGGACUGCCUACUGGCCGCAUCAUGGGCAGCAGUCAAUGACGUCAGAUUGCCACAGACUAGGCGAAUAGGCGCAGCGUCAAGCCGGGUUGCAGGCAAGGGCGUGCCAAGUAGUGGUGAACAUCAAAACCUUGCGAGAAGCUUGGCGGAUCAAGCUCGAGAAGGUGAAGGCUUGGGAAAGGCUGGCCUAUCUGGACUCAAAGGUUUCGUUAGCGGCGCGGACAGGAGCACGGGCGGACCCUCUGGUGCAAAGGACUUUGAGCUUGUAGAAGGAACGGACAUGGUCCUGGCUGGAGCACCCCAUAUGGGCGUGGCCGUCACCCUGGCACUGGUGUGUGAUAUCGAGUUGACACAUCAGCAUCUUCCUGAACCGACUGAUGCUGCGAGGAGCUCGCCGAAGCUGAAGCUGGUGCUGAUACGAUGUUUCCCAACCCUUGCCCACCGACACAGCUUCCUCGCGGCCUCCAUCUGCUGGAUCCGAACUUGCAAGAAGAGAUUGCGCUACCACCCCACCUCCGCCUUUGCGUCAUUGCCUCGCCCUCGGAAGCAGAUCCAAAGAAGCCUGUGAUAUGGUCAGCAAGGCUCCUGUCGGACCCGCCGGGAAGUGAAGUAGGAGCGAGCGGAAGGGACGCUGCAGCUGGUGCAGCUCCUGCACCUGCUGGGAACAACGUCGCAGGCGCUGCAGCGGAUGAAUCUCGAGAGCUGCUGGAGGAAGCUUGGGGCGCACCUGAUUUGUCUAGGGUGAGAGGAGGCAUCAAGGUGAGUCGAUGCACCCGCUAUGUAUGAGCACGUAGGUAGACGCUGACGGGCCCAAGUACAUCCGUUGGUCAGCUGGCGGCACUCUACGCAUUGCAGCUCCAUGAGGCUAUGCAGGCACAGGUUGAGCAGAGUGAGACUGAACGAUAG